CAAUGACGGCACCAUUUUUACGUGCUUAUGCGCUGGCCAGCAUAAAGGCUUGCCACGCUCGAAAAAUCUCGGCAAUGGGUGGAAUGGCUGCACAAAUCCCGAUCAAAAACGAUCAGAUAGCGAAUCGUAAGGCACUCGCUUUCGUCAAACAAGACAAAGAACGAGAGGCAACUGAUGGACACGACGGCACAUGGGUGGCACAUCCAGAUUUAGUGAAAGUUGCACGGGAUGUGUUCGAUACAACGAUGCCACAGCAGAAUCAAAUCGAUAAAUUACUGAAUUCGGUCUCGGUGACCAGCGAAGAUCUGACAGCAAUACCCGAAGGAACACGCACUGAACGUAGUUUCCGUCAUAAUAUCGCCGUUACACUCGGUGAGUUCGCAUUGAGCAUUCAGAUGAAUGGACUAUUUUCAGGAUAUAUGGACUCGUGGUUAAGUGGAGUCGGUUGCGUGCCGUUGUAUAAUCUGAUGGAGGAUGCAGCUACG